UAUCAUUAUUAUUUGCAAUAAUUACUUCCUACCUCACAAUACACAAUAUAUUAAUGCUAAACCUGCAAGAUCAUAACCAUCAAACCGCACGGCAUUCUUAUAAUAGUGUUUUUCCCCGCUUUCUGCGCACACAUCACUCAGAGAACCCGUCUCCAGCUGAUUAAUUUUCUCCGAGAGCAUUCCAAUUUCUCAUGAAAAAUGUGUCCGUUCGGCUUUUGCUUCGUGUGUUUGCCACCUCUCAGCUCGAAAGGGACGAGCUCGAUGCUUUUUCUUCUAGCUUUCUGCACACGCACAAAAAAGGCAAACAACAAUCCAUUUCAUCUGCUUCGGAACGGACAGAAAUCGUGCAAACGUUUGCGAAUCGCUUCUACUCUCGGGCGAAUGCCAAACUAGGCCACCCAUAUACUCAGUACGUCUCGAACGGUGUGCCGUGGUAAACGUGUUUAGCAACCGAACCACGCUAAUGGUUCGCUAAAGCGCGCGCGCUCGCAGCGGAAACGAAUGUGCCGUUCUGAUACGGUCAAUACGUGUAUGUUGUGAAGAAUAUUGAAACAAAUAUUAUAUCAAUUGUGAUGGAAAAUAAUACAUUGGUUUAGUAGUGGAAAUGUGUUGCACAAGUGAACGAAAUGAAUUUCUCUGAACUUGCCUCGCCAAUGGAGACGCCUGGUGUUUGACGGGUGCUUGAAAAAUGGUUCGGCCAAACAUCUCCAAUGACCUACCGAGUGUGCGUGUGUGAAAGUGUAAAGCAAACAGCGAUAAAAGGAAGAGGAGAAAAAAACGUACCCGAUCGAUGGAUCAAAGCCUCACAAACCGUACUCGUUGGCACUAGUGAGGGAAAAGUCGAAUGCCGGUUCACUGUCCCCGUUCAUAACGAAACGAUACACAUUUACCCCAGGAAACGUAGCCAGCAAGCGUGUGCUCAAGCAUGAAGCGGUGUUGUGCUUAAGGCCGUGUCGGUCAUGUUGGUGAAAGUGAAGUUUUGUGGCCACAGGUUUAGCAAUGCGAAUUAGUUUUGAAUGCUCGCACACACACGUACAAAACACGCUUCAAACACAACAAGUUCGCAAUCAAUACGGUUUUUUCCUACUUGAAGUUGCACCGUCAGGGGAAAUUGGCUGGUUGAAGUUUGAAGCAUAAAAGGAGAAGCAUAAAAAAAGUGAAUAAAGAAAAAGACUUCACACAUCUCAGCGCUGAGCAUCUUUCGUCGAAGCAACAUAAGGAUACGGUAGGAGCUAUAUUUCAAGGACCUUCAACCAGUGCUGUGAACACUCAUUGAGCUAGAAGCUAAGAAGCUAAUCGAGGACCGUGCGGCUAGAAAUGCUAAGGUUGUUAAGAGUACAAGAAAGGCGACAAAAACACAUUUCUCCUCGUGACUGUUUCAUGGCAUAUCGAAAGGGCAUAAAUUAGAAAUGCAAUAAAUUAUCAAUCUGGACCAGCCGGUUCAAGCCUUUCGGGACCCGGCAAACUCCCCCGUCCAGGGGAAUCAACUUGCUCGGAGACAUUCUACCCACUCAAAACCUUCCAACCGGGAAUAAACCCUUGGGAUGAAGAAAACUGUAAGCUGUUCCCAUUACGAAGAAGUCAUAGUACCCUAACCGAGCUUUAUCAUACAUUCCGUGUAUAUGUGUAUGUGUGCGUUCGUGUGUGAUUUGAUGUUAAAAAGUGUGACCAUACAUUCGUUGGUGUUGUGUAAAGUGUGUGAGUGGAAAGUAUUUAACGUGAAUGGUGAAGAAGGUUUCAAUCCCUUUUCUCUCGUGCUCAUUUCCUUCAAGCUUCCUUUACUCACACCUUUACUCGUGCGAUUUCUAUUAGACCAGUUCCGUUUUCGAAGGCACAAGAUAAUUCCGAGAGGUUCCAGAAUGAGGCUGCAGUUCUAGGGUUGCCCCACUAAGUGCUGUUGACGACGAGGUGCGUCUUCUUUUGAGCGCGAUAAGCGUAAAGUCAGUGAGCAUCUUUUGAUCGAGGAUGAGCGAGCCAAAAAGAAACAGUGCCACUUGUGUAUGCAAAAAAUAAAAAAUAAAACGCCACCAAACAGUAACCAUAGUGGCACUAAGAAGCACUAGAAGUUGUUGAAUGAAUAGAGGUUGAUAGAAAAUGGUGAAGUUAGGGAAAGGAAAAAAAGCACCCAAAACAGAAGAAGAAAUAAAAAGAAGCUCCGUUCAGAAAACGACCCUUUUCAUGCAAAAGGAUUAACCUUGUGCCCGAGGCGUAUAAAAUCAUAACUUCAAGUGGAAGCAAUCGGGUAAGAACCGGCAAGUAGUGGAACGUCCGAUGCAGUGAAACCGGGGAAAGAAAAAUCCUUUCAUCCACCAGAACCAGGUGUAGGUAAACUGGGCGAACGCUUUCCGAUAGCCGUAAGGUUUCAGCUACAAAAGCGAUACCAACACUCAACAAGGCAACAGCAGUAACAACAAAAAUAAAUAAAAAAAAACCAAACAAAACACAACGUUCGAUUCUAAUCAGUUUCUGUCGGUUGGUGGGUACACUUUGAACUGGAUCCAUCGUAUUUUCCCCAGUCCGGGAUCAGUCGACUGCACUCGUACUGCAGCGAAUUGGACAAACACCGAGCAAAGCUUGAUGCCAUCAUUAUCAACCACGUUGACGGUACCACAGAUCGUACGAAUCGAUAACGACAUCACCAUACCCGACGUUAUCAAGCGCAGAACUUACCUUGCCGGCUACCAUACACGGAGGGCCCGAAAGCUGACUAUUCCAACCGCCGGGAUCAUCUUAUCACGCUCCGGUCAACACCAUUGCCACUGCCGCCAACAUCCUUAUCCUUAUCCUCUACAUCAUCUUUCGAUUCGUCCAAUCGUUUCGUGCUGAGCUAGUGCCACCUGCAACCAACUUCCGGAGACGGCACACCACACCGGAACGCUCGCGACCAAGGACGGUUUGUCCAUUGGACAACCGAUCCCGCGCGGAGUGUGAGUACCCGUUCACCGACGGCAGGGACAGUCCGACCGAGGACAUCCUAUACACCGACCUCAAACCGACCGGUGAACGAAUCAGGAAACGACCCAAACACGACGACUGCAACGGCGACGUGGAGGACGUCGGCGACGUUGCGUUUAGUGCGGCGCCAUGCGUCGCCGGAAGCCGAUCGAAGGCUUCAUUCUAUGUGGAAUUUUCUUCUGGACAAUAAUCGCCCAUCUCAUCUCGACAUGUUUGGCCAUACAGCUCGAAGAGCGGAUGGAGAUCGUGCGCAAAGUGCUGAAGGAAGUGCCUUUAAUCGAUGGUCACAACGAUCUACCAUGGAAUAUACGAAAGUUUCUCAAGAAUCAACUACGAGAGUUCCGAUUUGGCGAGGACCUGCGCGACAUCACACCCUGGUCGACGAGUGCCUGGAGCCAUACGGAUCUACGGCGCUUGAAGGAAGGCAUGGUUUCAGCACAGUUUUGGUCGGCCUAUGCGCCUUGCUCGUCGCAACAUUUGGACGCAGUGCAAUUAACGCUGGAGCAGAUCGAUCUCAUCCGACGGUUAGUAAACCUUUACCCGCAGCACAUGGCGUUAGUUACGUCUGCCGAUGGCAUCGAAGAGAGCCAUCGGUCGGGCAAGCUGGCGAGUUUGAUCGGCAUCGAGGGUGGACACUCGAUCGGAACGAGUCUCGGUGUACUGCGCACCUUCUACCAACUGGGUGCCCGCUAUCUCACGCUCACCCACACCUGCAACACACCGUGGGCGGACUGUUGCAAAGUUGAUGAGCCGGGACGGGUGCCCCACAUCGGUGGGCUGUCACACUUCGGUACGCUCGUCGUAACCGAGAUGAAUCGACUCGGUAUGAUCGUGGAUCUGUCCCACGUAUCCGUACCGACCAUGCUGGAUGCACUGGCCACCUCGAAGGCACCGGUCAUCUUCUCACACUCUUCCGCCCAUGCCAUCUGCAACAGCUCGCGCAACGUUCCGGACCAUGUGCUGAAGCGAAUCGCCGUUAACGGUGGUCUGGUUAUGGUUGCAUUCUAUCCCCAUUUUGUGAGCUGUGGUGAAAAGGCAACGCUGAAGGAUGUAGUGGCACAUAUUAAUCACAUCAGAGAUGUGGCAGGUGUUGACCAUGUCGGGAUUGGAGCCGGAUACGAUGGGGUGAAUUUAGUACCGCAAGGUUUAGAGGAUGUCUCCAGGUAUCCUUACCUGUUCGCAGAACUGCUAGAAUCAGAACGGUGGACCGAGGAGGACAUAGCGAAGCUAGCCGGUAGAAAUCUUAUACGAGUUUUCCGACAGGUCGAGCAGAUACGAGAUCAGCUCGAAGCCCAGGGAAUGCUUCCCAUCGACCAAUCGAUACCACCGGAAGAUAUUCUCGGUCGCUCGUACUGUCGCUACUCGGGUCCGCGUACGUGAUGAAGUGCCGCCGGUUCCGACGACCAUACACUCACUCUUCCACACACCAUCGAACCAAUCCACCAGAACCGUCGGGCGACUGCGGUUACGCCCGAACGCUGGACCGCUGGCUGAUUUGAGGUUAGGGUUUUUGGGUUGGGGAUGGACGCCCGCAAGAUAUACACACAUCAAAACCAGAACCGAAACAGUCGAUGAUGCGCGACGGCGCGAGGAGCGAAGCGAAAGCAGUUUCGCCAUUUUAUUGCAUAUCACUCACUAACUCAUAGUAACUCCGUAGUAAAAGCCAGCCAACGUUGAUCUCGUUGAACGGAACGCAGAGAUUGCCCCCCAGAACUCUGUUUAUUUAACUUUCGAUAUGGGAUUUUCUGUUUUCUGUUUUUGUCUCCCAAGGGCACAGUUGGGAAUGGGAAAGAAAAUGUCGUCGGUUUACGUACUUCAAUGGUGGAGAUAAAAACGAAAUUGCAACAUACAAAGCGAAACACGGUAGAGGAUCGUAACACGUUUUAGAAUGCCGUAACGCUGAGUAAUGUACCGCGAGCGUUCGCAUACUGUACAGAACUGUCUGAUCGCAACUAGCGAUCACUGGGUAAGGUAUCAAUCGAUUUGGGUGGGUAGAUGUAAAACUAUCGUAGCAAAUCUGUACAUACACUAUCAUGUAGCAAUGAUACACACUACAACGGAACGAAACGGUUUAAUUGCGGAUCGGUAGCAGCUUAAAGCGAAACCUACCGGCGGGGAAAGCGCUCUUCAUUUUGAGCCACUCAGUAAGACUUUUUUUAAACCUCACAAAAAGACUUUUCUUUUUUUGCUUUCAGUUCGUUUUUUUUAAUUUUUUGGUUAGUGUGAUGCAAUCAAUCAGCUGCUCAGCUAAUGGAACUGCAAUCGAUCAUUUGCCCUACCUGUGACACCUUACAUUGGCACAUACAGACACACACAAGAACAAGAAAAAAAUACACUUCUUUUCUUUGUUGUAUACUCCACUGCCAGCACAAUGGAGGGAUAGACAAACAAAAAACUCGUCAAAUCGAAAUGUGAUAUAAUUAUAUUGAAGCCCAGCUUAAACAACAAUAUGUGCAGAAACCGUACGAUUGCCUUGUUUCGGUUACCAUUACUUCAUUAACAAGAGAGAGAGAAAACAAAUAGAUCAUUACCAUACAAUCGAGAACAAUUCUACGUGGUUAAGCAUUAUUAUUUGAAGCAAACGUUAAAAUACCCUUUCCGCUUUCCCACCGUGUAUUAAUUGUAUUUUUGUUUUUAAAUACACAAAACGUACAGCAGCUCUCCAAAGGUCCCUGUACAUUUGCAAAUGCGUAACCAAUCCAAACAAUCUGUACAUAUGCGUAGUAGUGUAAUGAAUGCUUCCAUUUCGGUCACCUACUUCUUUCAUCGGCUCUUCCCCCCUCCGAAAAUUGGGGGGGUAAAAUAAUUUCCCUUUUUAUCACCCCCCCCCCCCCCACCAUGCUUACAACUCCGGUGCCCAACCUAUCCGCAUGGAAGUGCCCGUUCCCCAUCCAUCAUCUUUCACUAUCAAACCAUGAAAGCGACCCACGGCACAUUUGCAAAACGAGGGUUUUUGUAAUAAAACAUAAACACAUUAAAUCACCGUUCCAUGUAUGCAAAGUAACCUCACAGGGCAACAACAAAAAAGAUCCUCACCAAAACAAAACACAAAAAAUGGCAAAAUCAUUGCUGUUGUUUGCAUCUCCGCUCGUGCAGGACCAAUGGACAGCUGAUUGAUUUAUCACGCCACAAUGAUUAAAACAGAUUUAUGCCUCACAAGAAUGCGUCGCGAGCGUGCGCCAAUGGGUCAAAGAUUAUGUGCGCGUGUUUUUAUUGGUAUGUACACCGCACCAUUUACAUACGAAAUUCGGCAUUGUUCGAGCAUAAUGGGUGCAAAUCAAUACACUACACUAUUUAUAAAGCGAACCUGGUACUGGUGGUACUUUUAUGGAGUUGUGUGGUAAUAAAAAAAAAUUCACAAUUUAAUUACAAGCUUUUGAAUUAUUGAUUUACAAAUCAAACUGAAUUACCAUUCGGAGAUUAUUUUGAAGUGCGUUUCAUAUGAAUCUACAACAGGCCGUAACAUAUUUAGUGAAACACAUCACAAGAACAAUGAACUACCAAAAAAACGCCGCUAGCUAAGAAAACAGUUUGUAAUGUAGCAUACUUUGAACAAAUUCUAGAUGAUCGCUACCACACGAUACGUUGGAGCGAACGUACACAAACACACACGCGUUGUAUUAUAUGUAGUGUAUUGUCAAAGUAAUAAUAAUACGCUCGAAAGAAUUUAAUUACUAGAAAACAAAACAAAACAAACUCUCCAAACCAAUAGGCUCUUAGCUCGUACCACAAUCAGUAAAUCUUAGUGAACGAUAAGAUAAACCACCAACCACCCGGGUCGGUCGGUUCCGGUUAGGGAACACAGGAAAGGGGGUGGGCAACAAACAACUCUCCCCUCCUCCCUCAAACCCCCCUCUUGUACACCACAUUGCCACAUUUCGUUUUCCAGCGAUGGCCGACCACACCACUCAUUUUCUCACACACAGUUUCCCACUGAAUGCCAAAUGAAGUUCGUUUUGUAGUGUCGUAAGCGAGGGAAAAGAAAAACAAUUGACAAGAGACCAAAAUGUAAAACGUUUGCAAAAUGGAGUUGAUCGCGCGAAACUCCCACUUGGCGGUGGUAAUGCUGCGGGCUUGUACAAAAUCGAUCAUGUUACGAAAGAAUGUAACGGGAAAUAACGAAUUAUUAAGAAUACCAAAGCUAACCUUCUUGAUGAGUGGGAAAAUAAAAAAAAAAUAGAAUGCAAGAUGAAGAAGGAAGAAAAAUAGAAAAGAAAAUAUUAAUGAAGUGCAAACAAAAAAGAAUGCAGGAAAAGUUUGGUUUGCUGAAGAUGAAAGAUAACAAGAAGCUAUAAAUAAAUUGUUUAAUAAACAUUUAAAAGUCA